AGCGAAGAACCCUAGUUCUUCUGCGAUGGGAGCAUUUCCCGCUUGGAGCGCUUGCCGGCGAAGAUUCUCGCCCGAUGACGCCUUCUUCAAUGCAGGGAAUGUGGAGCGAGAGCUUCAGGCGAAGCAGGUCUCGCUCAAUAUUUCCGAGGAGGAGAGAGCAUACAUUGGUCGGAUCGAGGACGAAGACUGCUGGUAUGUAUGGUGUGAUCGAAUUUGUGGCAGCAUUUUGAUUCUUUCUUCUUCUCGUUGCUCGAUCCAUCCGUCCAGGCUCGUGAAUUGCUCCAUCGCUGGCUGUGGCGCUCAGCUGCGAGGCGUGGAAGAGCUGGAAAACCACCACCUCAUUCGCCACACGGCGGUGUGCUCGGUUUGCUCCUCGUGCUUCCCAACAAAGCGGCUCCUCAGUCUACACAUUUCCGAAACUCAUGACUCUUUCUUCAAAGCCAAAGUGGCUCGAAAUCAUCCCAUGUACGAGUGCCUUGUGGAAGGAUGCCCCGGCGUGUUCUUCUCGGACAAAUCUCGGAAGCAGCACCUGGUAGACAAGCACAAGUUCCCGUCCAGCUUCCACUUCCACAAGAGCACCAAGAAUCAUCCAUCGCAGAAGCAGCGGCAGCGUUUCAAGGCCAAGAGCUACAUGGACUCGGCUCCAAAGCCUGAGGAAGCGGCCAUGAGUGUGGAUGUGGACGAGCUCUCCAGCGCCAUCUCCAAGCUCACCACUGCUGCCGAGAGCGAUCACGUCCCCCAAAGCAUCAGCUUUGGACGAAAGCGCGGCGGUCUCGUCACUCGUCACUCUCGCCAUCCUAGAAACUAGUGCAAGAUCAUGGACCAUUUCGAUGAUACGAAUUUUUCCUCCAUUCUCGAAAGGUACGGUUGUAUAUUUCUUUUGAUAAGAUAGACGAAGUAUCAAAAUUUUCAA